AUGAGAAACCAGAAAGAGAUCGUAUCACGACCCGAUCUCUCGUCCACGAGUUGUGAUACCCAUAAACCAUUGCCCGCCCAUAUUUGGGACUCCGAAGGAUCAGAGCUAGGGUUGCCUGCUGAACUGAAGUCGCCUGAUUUCAUUUCCGGUCUAUUUUUGAAGAUUUUCUCGCCGAGUACGAUUUUUUCCGGUGAGUUCUCUGGCGAGAUUCAGUUAGCAGAGUACAGCUGUUUGUUCGAGCUGUUUCCACUUUUGUUUAGAGGGUUUGAUUUGCUUAUCGAAAAGGGAAAGGCUUCGAUGGUUGAAGUCAAGGAAGGAUUUGUAUAUGAACAUGAAGUACACUUCACACAGUUUGAGUGCUGGCUGAGUUCGAGAAGGAAUUUAGAAGACUUAGUUUGGGAUGACUUUUGCCAGAGUGAUGAUCAUAUAGUUCCUCAUUCUGGUACUGGAAGUGCAGUUGAUCAUUCCAUUCUGGGUGAUAGCCACAAGAAACCUUGCUGUGUAGUAACAAGCUUUUCAAAUAGUACUGGGGAUAUAUCUUCGGUUGGGUAUGUCCAUCCUGGAAGAGAUCAAAGGGGAUUUCCGUCACUGAAUAAAAGAACGUUCACAAUGCUGGAAAAUGAUUCCUGGUGCAACACGCCAAGUGGCGUAUCUCCAUCUGAAAGUAACUCCAUCAGAGAGGCAUCAAGUGUAGCCUCAGAAAACACCACAUCAUCUCAUUAUGCCUCAAAAAGCAAUAAGACGGAGUCAAAGAAUCAUGAAACUUGUGCGAAUGAUAACAUUCUUAGUGACAAGAACACUGAUAACAGCUCUUUUGGCAAAGCUCUUGGUGACAUUACUCACCCAGGAAAUAAUCUCAGUUUUUUUGAGAAUGCAGAGAACAAAGAUUCAACUGAACUUUUGUUUUAUGGUUGGCCAGAAAUUGGAAACUUUGACGAUGUUGACAGGAUGUUUAGUAGUUGUGAUUCAACAUUUGGGCUUGGUUCCAGUAAAGAAGACGGACUGGGCUGGUUUGAAUCUGCAGAUAACGUAGGAGGAUCUGGAGACAUAGUCAAGCCUGAGUUUGAGUUUCCAUAUCCUGAGCCAAAUCCAGUGGAAUGUAAUCCACAACAACAUGACUCUUCUAAGAAUGAUUUCCUCAACGAUUUUUCCAUGAUGGGGGACGGUUCUUGGAUUUCAGAGAAAUCUGAUUCAUACAUGUCUUUUGUGAAUGGACCUGCUAUGGCCAACAGCAAAGAUAGUUUUAUCCCCAAAGAACAGAUCAGCGAUAACAAAAAUAAGGUUAAGCUACAGGCCCAAUACGGUAAAACAAAAGAAACCUAUUUGGAAAAUGGUAGUUUCAAUUUUGCGAUUGACCUACCCAAUGAAGCAGUGCAGCUCCCUCCAUCUUACGUGCACUCGAACAACAGCCCUUCUUCUGAUCUGACCUCGAUAAAUCCGGCUCCAUCUUCUGUCAAAUCCGAGACGCAUGGCUUGAUAUCCCCAAGAAAUCCUUCCCAUGCAUCCAUCCAAUUGCACACUGACCCUAAAUUUUCAAUGGCUGCUCCAGUCAUGGCUGGAAAAACAGAGAAGCUACAUAAUCGUCAAGGUAAGCUAUCUUCUGCUUUUGGUAGUUUGGAAAAUGCAAACGCUGCAGUGCCAGUUUCAAUUGCUGAACCUGGCUUCACAGGAAAGCAAGUACAGUAUUCUGGAGACAAAUCCGAGAAACAUGGUGAUCCUGGUGGUGCGAGCCUUUUAAUUCCGGCGGAGUUAGGUUCCUCACAUAUACAAGAAAGGUCAACAAUGAAUUCGGGCGUGGAUGAUGUUUCGCAGGAAGCUGUUAGUUUUCGACAGCUUAAGCUUGUUAUGAAACAGCUGGAUUCGAGGACAAAGAUAUGCAUAAGGGACAGUUUGUACCGUCUGGCCAGAAGUGCCGAACAGAGGCACAACCAUGCGAACUUGAAUGAUAAUGGUGGGGCUGAAAGAGAUGCUGGUGGAGCGCUCUUGCCUGCAGGGGCAAACAAUUUCAUGGAUAUAGAAACGGACACGAAUCCUAUCGACCGCUCGAUAGCCCAUUUAUUAUUUCACAGGCCUCCAGAACCUUCCAACACAAUUCGUGGAUCUGUCACGGACCCACCUGUGAUGGUUGAUAAUAUGAUCACUUGUGAAGAAAAUGCCUCCAAAAUAGAGAAUGACACUGACCGCUAACUGCAGUAGUCUCCAGAGGAAGAGUCAUAAUAAGUGUCCAUUGUAUUUAAAGCUUGCUUCGCUGACCAUUGUUAGCAUAGUCUCGAGAGGAAGAGUCAUAAAUGUCGAUUGUAUCUAAUGCUUGCUGUACUCGACCACCGUCAGUAUUGCCGUAAAAUUUGUAUAAUGAGUUGUUUAAUUUUCACAUAAUUUCCUGUUUCUUUUCCUUUUUGUUUUUGUUUUUUAAUCAUCAGCACCUCCAACGUGGCUGUAAUUCUGGGAAACAACUUUGAUAUCUUGUCUGGUAGGCUCUAAUGGUGGUGUGUUGGAGCCUUGUUCCAGAGUUAUCUAUACUGCUCGGUGCAAUCUCGUGCUUAUUUCUAACUUGGUAAAUCUGCAUGUAUUGUCUCAUUAGUUUGAACCUUCUAUAAAGUGUGAACAUAUAAACAACUAAUGAUUUGGGAUGGUAUUCGAACCAUGCCACUUGUAUGUCGGUCAAAAAGUGAGUCGUUAAACACCGUUUCUCUAUUACUA